AGUGCCCAUUGCUGCUCUAUCCCAGAGAAUGAUUCACCCUCCCCAGGGCUGUGCCGUGCCUCCGCACGUUUCGCAAGGCUCCUGCUUUAUAUCAGCGUGGUGCUGCAUGCAGCGACUCCUGGCAGAUUGCUGGGCUGCCUGCAGAGCGAGGAGGCAGCAGCUAAUCCUCCUAAGGAUGAUUUUCCUCUUGCAGUAUUUCUUCCUGCUGGCCACAGACCUAGUGCUGGCCAUGACCCUCUCCUGCCUCUUUUACGCCUUCGCGUGCGUUUCCAUCGCGCUUCUGACCUGCUGCGCUAUCGUCUUCUCCUUCGGCACCGCGGAGAGGAGCGCCGACGUGAAAGGGAGAGCAAUUGUAAUUCUUGUGUCCAACAGCUCCAUUGGGAGGAUGUUUGCAAGGAACCUGGACAGAGCAGGAUUCGGGGUGUCUGCUGCACACUGGUCUGCUCCAGAGGAGAGGACAGUGACAGAAGAGUGCUCGUCGAACAAGGAGGUAGCCCAGCUGCACCUGACUGAAGAUGAGUAUCAGAAGACAGUGAAAACCUUCAUAGAAAGCCACUUAUCCCUGAAAGGGGAAAGAGCCUGCUUUGGUGGCUGUGAAAGGCCCCAGCAGACCCCAGUCCCUGAAGGAAGGCAAGGUAGGCCAAGAAAGGAGGGGGAGAAGGUCCUAUCAAGGCACAGAGGGCUGGACUUGCUCUGAGAAGAAAACACAGAAAUGAACAAUGGGGAGCAAAGCCCAGACAGUGACCUGAGGUGACGGAACGUGCCUGAUCUUUAACCUCUUCUGGAUUAAAAAGGAACCCAACUGAGCUCCCUCUUGACUUCUUGGCUGCUGUGGGAUUCCUAAGAGUCAGGCCAGAGCUUUGUGUGGCAGGCUGGGACGGCGUCCCUGAGCCACGCUGCCAUUGUUUCUGUGGGAAUACAGGAGCGAAGGCAGCCUGCAGAGCUCACCUGGGACAGCAGGGGCAAGUGUCCUGCCGAGGGCAGGGCUGUAAGCACUGCUGGGCAAUCUGCCCGGCCCUUCCCAGCUCAAGGUGCCAGUGGGAAGGCUGGCUCAUGCCCUGCUGAGGCACCCCUGGGAUCCAGGAGUCCCUGUCCCCACAGCCAUCCUUUUACACCUCUUGGGAGUGACAGAGAAGUCAGCCUCAGCCAUCAGGGCUGUACCCUCAUUGUCCUCAGGGUUACAAGGGAAGAGGCCAACCCAAGGGCCCUCUGAGCUGCAAAGCUCUCUCCUUCCCCACACCGCCUCCCUCCUUCUCCGUCUCCAUCCCUGUCCUCCUUGCUCCCUCUCUGUGGUGUCUCCAAGGCUCCCUUUGGGCUCUCCCCAGGGCAGCCUCUGCUCCCACGCCGAGCUGGGAUCUCAGAGAGCAGCCCCAUCUCCCCAGGACAAGUAAGAGCCUUGCUACUGCUGCCCAGCAGUGCAGAGGAAGGCCCCUGGGGAGGUCAGAGCAGGCAGCAGGAAGCCUCCCGCACUGCGCACGCCCUCGGGGGGCUCUAGGGACCCCCAUGCAGCUCCUGCUGCUGCCUGCAGCUGCUCAGACACAGCUCCCUCACAGUGCCCUUCUCCUCAGAAGCACCCUGCACACCAGCAGUGCCUCUGCAACUCUGCAUGCGCCAGGAUGCAUCCCCAGGUCCCUGCCUGCCAGAAGUGGCUCCCUGCACCCCAGCAGUGGCUUUCAGACCGAGUGCCCAGCUGCCUGCAUGAGCAUUUAGGCUCAUUUACCCCAGGAAAAUUGCUCUGGUAAAACCCUCUCGUGUGGACAAGGCCUAAAGGCUCCCCAAGCUGAGUAUCAGCAUCAUCCUGCUCUGGAAAUGAACAGCAGAGGCUUUCUUAACCAGUAAUGAUCUGUGGGAGCUGGUGAUGUCUGUGGGCCUGUGCUGCUCUAAUUAAAUGAGGCUCCAGCACAUUAAUACCUGUCUUUUUUUGCUCUUGACUAGUUUGGUGCCCCUGCUAGUUAAAGGCUUUUGCAGGUGUCAUGUUGUUUUGACAGGGUGAUCUGUCGUAGGAUCCGUGAGGUUUUACAUUUAGGAUCUCCUGCAUAAUAUUCACAUCACAAAUGUGGAUGUUGAAAUGUAUUUCCCAAGUGCUGACCCAAUUGCAUGGCAGAUCAAAGCAGUAAGUUGGGAGGGGAAAAAAAAAAGAAAAAUAAGAGAAAAAUAAAAAGAGAAAGAAAACCUCACUGUUGGGUUUCUUUAUUAACAGUUUUGAGUGAGUGCUGAUAUUCAUUUUGCAAAAUUUACUGUGGUAUUUUUGGCAUGGGUUAAGUGAACAUGAACACUCACCACCAACUGACUAAUAACAAAAGAAUUUAAAGCAAAUCUAAAGCCUAUAUUGGUGGGUCCCCACAUGCAGUUUGGUCAGCAGGAUCUGGACAAGGGCAGGAGAAGAGUUAGUGCUGUAGGGCAGAACCAUUACACAAUCUUUGAUAUUUAAAAACUUCUCUUAUGCACUUUGUGUGUGCAAUUUGUAGUUCCUAAAGAAAGGAAUCUUUUCUAGUUUUCUUAUCAAUUUUGGUCUUUUUUUUUUUUUUUUUUCAAUUACUUGUCCCUAUAGGACAUUUCUACCAUUGUAUCUUUGCUAUUGUAAAUAAAAAUAUACUUGUUCUAUAUAAUCAAA